CUUACUCCAACAACCUACUCCUUGUCCAUGAACCUUCUCUUUAGUCCUCCGUAUAGUUCCAUCCUCAGCAUCCUGAAACCUGGAUCAGAUGCAAUAUUUCAGGAUAUUUUUUUCAUUUUUUAAGUUUUGUUUCUUUUAUUUAUUCAUAAUUUGGUGUUGUGCUUUCUAUUUAUUUAUUUUUUAAUGUGUGUUAAUUGAAAGUCGCUCACCAACGCAUUUUUAAUUUAUAACUCUCACUAAGUCUGUGUAGUUUUAUGGUCGUGUUUCAGUUCCUCCUGCUGUCGGCAGAGAACUGUACACUCCAGAGUCUUAAAAAGCGUCAAAGUGAGAUGUCUCGCGCCUCGCGCUCCCUGAAGGCAGCAGCUAACAGCGCGAGCUAAUCCGGCUAGCAGCUGUGAUGGCGGAGCUGCAGGCCUCCUCGAGCCAGCCGGGGCUGAAGGCUGACGGCCUGGCCGAUGUCAUUCAGAGGGCCCGGCAGAUGGUGGGUAAGAUUGGUGGAGAAAACAUGCCCCACCUCAACAGCUCCUCAGGAAGCGUGGAGCCCUCUCUGUACUACCAGAAACGAGGCGGAGAAGAUGGAGUAGGUAACCAGCUACCAGCCAUGGGCCAUCAAAGAGUCAUCACAGAGGAUUACAAGGUUCCAGACAGAAUGGUGGGCUUCAUUAUUGGUCGAGGAGGAGAACAGAUCACACGGAUCCAGCUGGAAUCGGGGUGUAAGAUCCAGAUAGCAGCCGACAGCGGCGGUCUGAUGGAGCGGCCGUGUUCGCUGACUGGAACUCCAGAGAGCAUCGAGCAGGCAAAGCGACUGCUUGUCCAGAUCGUGGAGCGCUGCAGGAACGGCCCUGGUUUCCACGGCGACGGCGAGGGCGGGACCUCUGUGCAGGAGAUGCUGAUCCCAGCCAGCAAAGUGGGGCUGGUGAUCGGCCGAGGAGGAGACACCAUCAAGCAACUGCAGGAGCGAGCCGGGGUGAAGAUGAUGAUGAUCCAGGACGGCCCCAUGCCCACAGGAGCCGACAAGCCGCUGCGCAUCUCAGGCGACCCCUACAAAGUGCAGGCAGCACGGGAGCUGGUGUUGGAGGUGAUCCGAGAGAAGGACGGGGACUUCAGAUCGGGACGCAGCGACUUUGGCGUCCGACUGGGAGGAACCAGCCUGGACGUUCCUGUUCCCAGGUUUGCCGUUGGCAUCGUGAUCGGCAGAAAUGGAGAAAUGAUCAAGAAGAUCCAGAACGAUGCUGGAGUCCGGAUCCAGUUUAAGACGGACGACGGCAUCAGUCCUGAGCGUGUUGCCAUGGUGAUGGGUCAGCCAGACCGCUGUCAGCACGCCGUCCACCUCAUCAACGACCUGAUCCAGACCGCACAGGAGCGUGACGGCUUCGGCUCCACCCUGCGCAGUGGUCGGGUCAGAGGUCGCGGUGACUGGACAAUGGGCUCUCCAGGUCCUCUCCAGGAAGUAACCUACACCAUUCCUGCUGACAAGUGCGGCCUGGUCAUCGGGAAAGGUGGAGAAACCAUAAAGAGCAUAAACCAGCAGUCUGGAGCUCACGUGGAGCUGCAGAGGAACCCACCUCCCUCCACCGACCCCAACACGCGGGUCUUCACCAUCAGAGGCACCGCCCAGCAGAUGGAAGUGGCCCGUCAGCUCAUCGAUGACAAGAUCGGGGGCUCAGGAAUCGUGAGUAACGGAGGUUUUGGCUUCAGCGCUUUCACCCAGGGCCCCACCGCACAUCAGAACUGUGGCAGCGGUCAGACCUUCCUGACUGGAGUUUGGGGGAACACCUACCAGACCAGCUGGCAGAACCCUGGACAACAAGAUCCAGGUCACAGUUUGGCUCAGACAGGACAGAUGGACUACUCCAAAGCAUGGGAGCAGUACUAUAAAAAGUUAGGUCAGCAGAACCAGCCGCAGAGCGUGAUGACGGACUACAGCAAAGCGUGGGAGGACUACUACAAGAAACAGAGUCAGUCUUCCCAGCAGAGUUCGGUGCCAGACUACACUGCAGCGUUAGCAGAAUACUACAGACAGCAGCCCUACCUGUGGAACCCCGCCCAGAUUCAGGAUCACUAAAGGCUCCUCCCUCAGCGACUCAGGGCCUUAGAUCGUCACCAAUGGCAAACAAGUGUGGGUUUUCAGCGCCGCUCUGCCACUUCCUCCUCCUUUUUGUAGAGAAACUAAGGAUUAACUAAAAAUCAUGAACUCUUUUCUUUCUGUUUUUUAACCUGACGACAGUGAAAGGUUUUCAGGCAGAUUCUGUUGGACUAGCCUCUGGUGUAGACCUGUUUUUCUUUUCCUUUUUUAUCAAACUUGAACGCAAAUAUAUUUCAGUGUGACUUUGAACAAAGCAAAUCCCGUAUAAUCUAUUUUGUUUAGUUUUAUUUUUCUGAUAAGAAAACAGUCAAAGGUUUAGCAGUCUUGAGUUAAAGAAUCAGUUAUUGUUAUUUUGUUUAUGGUAUUGUUUUACGGCAUGCGUCAGAUUGUGUGUUUUCUUUUUUGUAUUUUCUGCAUAGAUAUAUUUUAAUAGCGUCGGAUGGCAAUGUGAUGUUUUAUCGACAAAGACAGAAGUGUAUUUUGUACUAAAUUUUUGCUUGCAGCGUCUGUUUGUUCUCGACCUAAUUUUACCGUUUAGUCGCCAUCUUGAAGGUGCAAUGACGCAUUUUUCUGUUUUGGUUUGAUGAUAAUUCUUAUUCCUGUAUCUCUAUAAUGAUAUCUUUAGGUUUUAUUAUGUGAUGAUGAAUAAAUGACGAUUUCUAUUGCGUUGUCUAAAGCCAGAUCUCUCUGUGGUCAAACGCUUGGUGUGCUCACAGAAUUUAACCUUCAGCCGACCCCUCCCCCAACAAACUUUUGUUUUUUUAAAGUGGUAUCUGCUUUAUUCUAAGUAAGAGUUAAUUUUGUUUUUUUUUGCUCUGCAUUUUUACUGUGCUGUUAUUAUUUUUGGACAAGCUGAACUUGUAAGCUGUGCUAGCAUUAGCGAACAAGCACAAAGUAACGAGUUGUGUGUUACCUCAGCCGUGUGCGUAUUUCUGUCUGUUAGCUAAACGAAUGCCUUAAAAGUUCAGGACGACAUCAGGAUUCCACAGAAUGUUUGUUACAGAUGUGAAGUGAACGAACGCCGGAACAAAAUCCAUUUCUAAACUCGUGCUAACAUCGAUUUGUUUUUGUUUUUUGAUUACGUUGUGAUGUGUUGUUGUAGAGAACAAAACAGGUAAAAGGUUUAGGUUCAAUAAUAUAUUUAAAAAAUGUGAAAGCUGUUGAAACAUUUCUGAUUCAUUCUCGAUGCUGUAAGCUACAUUUCACACCCCUGGAAACGGCUUUGAUGCUUUACUGUCUGCUAACAUCUAAUAAUGAGUCGGCGUUUUCCAACUGCAUUCACCCAAACUGAAUUUAAAAUUAAAAUACUUUAAUGUUGCAUAAACUGUGGGGAAAAAACACCAGACUAAACCUUCGUUGGCAUGAACUAUUUUAAAUGUCGGGCCUUUUUGGGCCAAAAUUAGUGACUUGAGCUGCUGAGAGUAACGAUUGGCUGUCCUCUUAGCGUGGGCUCAGCAGAUGUAGCGUUUACUGAAUACGUCGGACAUGUUGGCUCGUCGGUGUUUGAUGCUAGCUCGUACCCGUGGGAGUUAGCGGCGUGUUUUCGUGCUGAAUUAUUCUCAGAUUUACAGUUGUUUCUCCUGUAUACUUGCACCAUUGUAAAUGUAUUCUUCUUUGUCUCAUUUUUCAAACCAGCAGAACUUUGGAUCUACUGAAUGUUUAAUGCACAUUUGUUAAAAUUUGAAGUGUUAUUAUUGCAUUUUAUUUUUUUAACUUAAGUCCUGCAGUGAUAUUUUAAGUCAGACAGUUGUAUCUUGAAGUAUGAUUCCAACUCUCAUGUUAGCAUCAGGGGUUUCAGUCCGUUAGCCAAACAUUGUGCAUUACUUUAAUCAGCUGUGCACGUGCUGAGGCAAGAUUUUGCUAGUUUGCCAACAUUUGAUGAAUUUCUUUGCUUUUUUUUGUAUCUUAAAGGUAUGUAAUUCCAGCCCGCGCGGUGUUUCCUUGCGUCGUGUGGGAGUCUAAACUCUUGUGCGUGGGUGCUUGUUAGCGAACUUGGUCAGACCACAGAGAGGUUUGUCUUGUUUCGGGAGAUCUGGUUGUUGUGGAAUAAAUGGUUCUUCUAACUGUAUGUGUGACGAUGAUAAAUGACACCAAUAAAACAGCGUUCUCCUUUUCAGGGGUUUAUUUAAAUUGGAUGAAUAUUUAGUUUGAGAUACUGUGGUUUGAUGAAAAGUUUCCCCUCUGGUGGGCGCUCUCCUGUUUUAAAAGAAAUCAAUAGUGUUUAAUUCAUGUCUCACCAACAGUGUGUUUAUUCUCAAGACUGCUAGACUAAUCUCAUCUGUCUGUUUAGGCCAGGUUCAACGUUGGUUGAUUUUCCGUUUUUGGACUUUUCUGUUUUUGGACCAGAAGCAUAUCCAGCUAACCACUGUCCUCAAACGUGUAGAAGUCCUGGUCCUCGUGGCUGCGGCCGUUCUGUCGGCUGGAAGGUUGCUCCAACCGCUGGCAUGGACUUUGGUCUGGACUCAGUUCUUGGUUCCGAACUUGCCGAGGACUGUUUGGACCAAUUGUGCCCCACAAGUGGAUCGCGUGCGGCCGGACGGACGGACGGACCUGUCCUGUCCCCUCUAAAGCUUCCUGGUCCUAACCUCUGGUCAUGUGGGGGGGUGGUGGGCUUCUGGUUUGUGGUUUCUGUUCUUUUUCUAAUGGACUCAUGUCCUAACUGUAACCUGCAGAUUUUUCUAUUAGAUUCUAUUCAUUAAUAGGCUUGUGUAUGAACCCGAGCCACAGCUGUUGGUGGCCAAGAACGAUGAUGAUGAUGAUGGCUAAUAAACAGGCUCAUUCUUC